AUCAGACGCUCCAAUCUGGCAACCCGUGUGGAGCGAGUGAGGGCGAAAACAGGAGAAAUGUGAAAAAUCCGCGUCUCGGUGUUUGAUGGCGCGCGGAGGCCCCGAGAGCCGCGGAGUGACGAGCUGACGGAUCAGCAGCAUGCUCUAGUUUAUAUCGGAGAAGACCGGCGACUUCACCACAGUCGUGUUCUGCCUGCUGGAGGAUGUGGUGCCACACUUCACCUGUUUGAUGGACACGUCUUAUAAACAGUGGCACCUUUUACAGCCCCACGUGUUUAAUGUGGACUUUGCUGGACAUCAGCGAGGAGGGCAAUCGAGAAAAACACAAACACACCACUUUACAGCAAAACCAAGGUUGAGGAGCACAAAAUGGAUGCCUUUUCCAUUAAGGUGGUAGACAACACAGCGGGCAGGCUAGAACAUCACGCUAGCUCUCAGGCCCAGGUCAAACACUUCUACAAAAAAGACGAUGUUGGAGGAAGUGGGAAAUGCAAAGCAGAUGGAGGCAUCGGCCCUGAAGAGGCAACACCUCAAGAAAGCCCCGCCUCUUUUAACAGAGACCAAAUCAUUGUUGAAGUGAACCUUAACAACCAGACUCUAAAUGUUUCCAAGGGGCCAGAGGGCAAGAGCAGAGAGCGAGGUCAGACUCGUCACCGCACACCCAACGAUGAAGAUAAAGACUAUGAGCAGAGGCAGGAAGAGAUGGAAAUUAGCACAGAGGAGGAAAAGGAUGAUGACGAUGAAGAAGAAGAGGAAGAAGAAGAGGAUGAGGAUGAUGAUGGUGAUGAAGAGGAGAACGAUCUUAGCAUUCCAGAGGUUCCACUGACAAUCAUGGAGAGACCGCGGCGUGGGACGAGAGGGAGCACUGUGGCUUUGUGCCAGGGUUUGGGCAGUGGCACGCGGGCACAGAGGCAGAUGGAGCAGGAGAGUUUGGGCCAGAAGGUAAAGCUGGAGGAAAAGCAGCACUUUGCUUGCAAGAAAUGUCCGCGUGUAUUUAACAAUCGCUGGUACCUGGAGAAACACACCAACGUCACACACAAUCGCAUGCAGAUCUGCAAUAAGUGCGGCAAACGCUUCCUUCUGGAGAGUGAGCUGCUGCUGCACCAUCAGACCAGCUGUGAGAAGAGCAUACAGUGUGUGACCUGUGGGAAGGCCUUUAAGAAGUUAUGGUCACUCCACGAGCACAACAAGGUCGUCCAUGGCUACGCUGAGAAGAAAUUCUCCUGCGAGGUGUGUGACAAGAAGUUCUACACGAUGGCGCAUGUCAGGAAGCACAUGGUGGCCCACACAAAGGACAUGCCGUUCACGUGUGAGACCUGCGGGAAGUCGUUUAAACGCAGUAUGUCUCUGAAGGUGCACUCUCUGCAGCACUCGGGGGAAAAACCCUUCAGGUGUGAGAACUGCAGUGAACGGUUCCAGUAUAAGUACCAACUUCGCUCUCACAUGAGCAUCCACAUCGGCCACAAGCAGUUCAUGUGCCAGUGGUGCGGCAAAGACUUCAACAUGAAGCAAUACUUUGACGAGCACAUGAAGACCCACACUGGUGAGAAGCCGUACAUCUGUGAGAUCUGCGGGAAGAGCUUCACCAGCCGGCCCAACAUGAAGCGGCACCGGCGCACACACACAGGCGAGAAGCCGUAUCCGUGCGACGUGUGCGGCCAGCGCUUCCGCUUCUCCAACAUGCUCAAGGCGCACAAGGAGAAGUGCUUCAGGCUUAGCAGCUCUUUAGGAGACGACAGCAGCGUGACCUCGGGGGCUGAAGGGUCACACCCUUCCUCUCUUCCUCUCCUCCACUCCAUUAGUGGCCUUCCUUCUCCUCCUUCUCCUCCUCCUCCUCCUCCUGCUUUAUUCUCCAAUUCAAGUAACGACUAACAAGCGUUUUUCCGUGGAAACCUGGAACUCUUUUUUUUUUCCCUACUAUUUUUUUUAGUGUGGUGAACCAAAAGUAGUAGUCGAUUCCACUCAGUGGGUGAUGUCAUGCAGGGGAGUUUGAAUGUUGUAGCAGGCUUUUGGAACAGUGUGUGACACUCAAGGGAUGUUUUAUACACAAUCAAGAUUGGCUCCUUAUAGUACUCGAAACAUUUGUUCUCAAAUGAUGCAUUAUUGUGGUUAAGUUCUCAUGCACAGCUGUCUGCGCAAACGUCUUUACAGACUCUACGCCCUGUCUGUUCUGCUCGUGUGUGUGUGUGUGUGUGUGUGUGUAGAUGCUAGCGCCUUUCCUUGGCUCUCAGAGGAGUCGGGUUGUCUGUUGUGUAUCCAGCCAGCAGAGGGAGGCGUGUGACUGAGCAGCAAUGCAAAAGAGAUUAUUUUUUCUCUUUCACGAGAAGGUGCCGAUGCCGAUAACCAAAUCCCUGCGUCCCUGCAGUAACCAAACCCUGUGUGCUUAUUAAUGAGGUAUAACAUGUUUAUAAUCACUCUUGCACCUUAUUUCUAACUUUAACCAUAUCACCACUGAUGUUGUAUCGGUUAAUGUUGUCUGAUUUGAUGCCAUGUCUCUGGCACAUGAGGGUGGGGUUGUGGGGUGAGAAAGUGGGCAGAGUUAACCUGCGGAUGUUACAUAUUUAAACAGUUUUCUUUUUGUUUUGUUUUUUUAUUUGUUUUUUUUUUUCUUUUAAUGUAACAUUGCACUUUAUUAAAAUCAGUCUGCAUAUCGGCCAUAAACAGGACUGAGAUAUCAGGAUCGGAAAGCCUCUGAUUCUGUAGAUAUCUAGCAUUAUAGCAAUAUACAUGUAUUCAACUAAAGAUGUUUGCAAUUUUGUACAUUUGUCUGUACCUCAAAUAAUUUAUGGUACAUUCAUGUUUUGAAAAUGUAGCUUAUUAUGAAUUCACUCGUUCUAACGUUACACUUCAUUUUCAAAAUCUUGUUUUGAGAUUGUUUGAUUUUUUUUUUAUUUUGCUAAGUUGCCCAUGUUAUACUCCUAGAAGAAGCUGUUACUUCAAUCUAAAUGACUCAUCUUUAUUGAGAAUAAGAGGUUUUUUGGUCACUGAGAUAUAUGUUAAUUAUAAUAUAAUAAAACUAAUUAAAAAGCUUAAUAGAAAUAGAUAUAGAACAUCACUUUAGAGAAUAAAGGCUUUGUGGCUGUGUUUAGCUUCAUCUAUAACUGACAUGGAUAUUUCAGAACUUCUCUAAAAUGAUAUUUGUGUCACUAGAAUUUGGAUUUGAAUGUUAUGAACUGAGCUUUAUAUUUUAAAAUUCAAACCCAUUGUAUUUAUAUUUUGGUAAACUUUAUUUUAAA